GGGGAGAGCGGAUAUAGUGAAUGCAGGGUCCGGGGAGAGCGGAUAUAGUGAAUGCGGGGUCCGGGGAGAGCGGAUAUAGUGAAUGCGGGGUCGGGGAGAGAGCGGAUAUAGUGAAUGCGGGGUCUGGGGAGAGCGGAUAUAGUGAAUGCGGGGUCCGGGGAGAGCGGAUAUAGUGAAUGCGGGGUCCGGGGAGAGCGGAUAUAGUGAAUGCGGGGUCCGGGGAGAGCGGAUAUAGUGAAUGCGGGGUCCGGGGAGAGCGGAUAUAGUGAAUGCGGGGUCUGGGGAGAGCAGAUAUAGUGAAUGCGGGGUCCGGGGAGAGCGGAUAUAGUGAAUGCA